GGUCCACGCAGAACCCCUUCGCCGGGGCGGCGAAAGAUCUGAGCCGCGACGGGCUCGAGCGCCGGCGAGCGCUCGCCCAGACGCCCAUCCCCCGGCCUAUAAGAACCGCCUCCGGCUCCUCCUCCUCGCGUCUCAGAGCCCAGUCGCGGGAUGACGUGGCGAACCUCAACACCACCUCCGCCUCACUGAGCCCCACGGGUCUCCGACCAACCCCCUUCUAGAAGCUUCCAAACCCUAGCGCAGGAAGAGGAGAAGCGUGGAGGAGCUUCGGGGAUGGCAAAAGCGAGGAAGCAGAAGGGUGAUGGUGGCGGUUCAGGCGGAGGCGCCACCGUGCUCCACCAAAAGCUCUGCGUCUCCAUCGACAUGGAGAACCAGCUGAUCUACGGGUACACCGAGAUAAAAGUUCUUCUAGCCGAUAACGACACAUUUGCUCUACAUGCUGACAAUAUGACAAUCAGGAGCAUUCUUGUGGAUGGUGAAACUGCCGAGUUUGACUAUUCCCCUCAUUGGAAAAAUGAAUGUGAUCAACCAAAUUGGUCUUCAAUAUCAUGUUUGAAGACUGCUGCUGAUGCAGCAUGCUCAACAUAUACUUCGGCUUUAAAUCGAGAAGCUGUACCAAAUCUUAUUGUGUCAUAUGAGAGAUCAGUUAAGUCAAUAACUGAGCAACAGUUAGAAGAAAACAGUGAAAAACAUGAAGAAAAUAGUGGAAGGCUUGAAGAACAUGGUUUGAAGCCUGUUCAAGCUUCUGAUAAUCAAAUUGUUAAUGGCUGCAAUGGUUCUGCAGUGGAAGAGCAAAAGGAAAAGGAAAAUGGAAAUGAGAAGGGCAAGGAAAAUGGAAUUGAAACUGAAAAUGAAAAGGUGAAGAACAUAAAACUGGUCCACAUAGAUUAUAUUUUGGAGAAGGCUGAAACUGGCAUUCACUUCGUCGGCAAUGUUCUGCAUAGCAGCAGUCAGAUAAGACGGGCACAUUGUUGGUUUCCUUGCAUUGAUAGCACUACACAACGCUGUCCAUUUGACCUAGAGUUUACAGUUAGCAUGGAUUUAAUUGCUGUCAGCAAUGGUGACUUACUUCACCAGGUCUUAAGCAAGGAAGAUCCUACAAAAAAAACUUAUGUGUAUAAGUUGAACACUCCAGUUAGUGCACAGUGGAUAUCCUUGGUUGUUGGGCCACUUGAAGUUCUCCCUGACAGCAAUGACACAAGUGUCUCACACAUAUGUUUAUCCCCUGCUUUGUCAAAGCUUCAGAACACAAUCGCAUUUUUCCAUGAUGCAUACAGCUGUUACGAAGACUAUCUUGCUACACCAUUUCCCUUAGGUUUGUACAAGCAGAUUUUUCUUCCACCUGAAAUGACAGUGUUACCAACAAGCUUAGGAGCCUCCACAUGCAUAUUCAGUUCAGAUAUCUUGCAUGAUGAGAAGGUUAUAGAUCAGAUAAUUGGCACAAGAAUCAAACUCGCCUAUGCCCUUGCGAAGCAAUGGUUUGGAAUAUACACAAGUGCAGAGGAGCCCAAUGAUGAAUGGCUAUUGGAUGGUUUGGCUGGUUUUCUUACUGAGGUAUUUAUCAAGCGUUUCCUUGGGAAUAACGAGGCACGGUAUAGGCGCUUCAAGGCUAACAGCACCGUAUGUGAGUCUGAUGUAAGUGGUGCAACUGCUUUGAGCUCUCCUGCUGCUUCAAGUGAUCUAUAUGGAACUCAAACAAUUGGUUCAUAUGGGAAAGUUCGUUCAUUGAAGGCAGUAGCUGUUCUUCAAAUGUUGGAGAAGCAGAUGGGGCCAGACUCCUUUCGGAAGAUUUUGCAGGUGAUAGUGGCCCCAAAUCGUGCCUCAAGAACACUUAGUACGAAAGAGUUCAGACACCUUGCAAAUAAGGUUGGUAACCUCGAACGCCCAUUCCUAAAAGAAUUCUUUCCACGGUGGGUCGAGUCUUGUGGAUGUCCAGUUAUGAGAUUGGGAAUCUCAUAUAGCAAAAAACGGAAUAUGAUUGAAUUAGCCGUUUCAAGGGGUUGCACCGCAAAAGCUACACCUGAUUCUGAUAGUCAUAUCAAUGGUGACAUUCGAGAAGGCGAUGCUGGAUGGCCAGGAAUGAUGAGUGUACGGGUUCAUGAAACUGAUGGGGUAUACGAUCAUCCAGUUCUCCCAAUGGCUGGUGAAGCUUUGCAGGUGGUUGAAAUACAAUGCCAUUCCAAACUAGCAGCGAAGCGUGUUUGGAAAUCAAAAAAAAGCACCAAAUUUGAUGGUUCUGAUGACAACAUAGAUGUCUCUACUCAAGAGAACCGCACAAGCAUUGAUUCGCCUUUACAAUGGAUUAGAGUAGACCCGGAGAUGGAAUAUCUUGCUGAGAUCCAUUUUCACCAGCCUGUUCAGAUGUGGAUCAAUCAAUUGGAGAAAGACAAAGAUGUUAUAUCACAGUCACAGGCAAUAUCUGUCCUGGAGAAAUUACCUCAGCUUUCUUCUGCUGUGAUUAAUGCCCUCAAUAAUUUCCUAAACGACACAAAGGCCUUCUGGAGAGUUAGAGUUGAAGCGGCAUAUGCAUUAGCAGUUACAGCAUCUGAGGAAUCUUGUUUGGAUGCAUCUGAUUUUCCACAAGUACCUUACAUGAGUUUAUUUUGCUUCGUUCAGGCAACUGAUUUAGCUGGGUUGCUUCAUCUGGUUAAGUUUUAUAAAAGCCGACGCUUUGAUACAGAUAUUGGAAUGCCCAGGCCGAACGACUUCCAUGAUAUCCCAGAGUACUAUGUUCUUGAGGCGAUCCCCCAUGCGGUAGCUCUUGUUAGAUCAUCAGACAAGAAUAGCCCAAAGGGAGCCAUUGAGUUUAUUCUUCAGCUCCUGAAGUACAAUGAUAACAACGGAAAUAUUUACUCUGAUGUGUACUGGCUAUCUGCAAUGGUACAGUCAAUAGGAGAACUGGAAUUAGGCCAGCAGGGCAUGGGCUUCCUAUCCUCUCUACUCAAGCGAAUUGAUCGCCUCUUGCAAUUUGACAACUUUAUGCCUGGUUACAAUGGGGUCUUGACUGUCAGCUGCAUUCGUACCCUUGCACGAAUAGCAAGGAGGGUGUCAUCUUCCAUAUGCCUUGAUCGCAUUUGUGUACUAAUUGCCCCCUUUCGCAACAUGGACAAACCAUGGAAAGUUCGAAUUGAAGCUAGCAGGGUUCUUAUUGAUCUUGAGUUGCACCAUAAAGGCCUUGAUGCAGCUCUUUUAUUGUUUUUGAAAUAUGUGGAUGAAGAAAAGUCUUUGCGAGGAGCGACGAAGUUGGCUGUUCAUGUCUUGCGUUUAUGUCAAGCAAGUACUGUUCCCCACUUUAAUGAUCAAAUAAGUUUGACAACUCUAAUUGGUCUUCUCCACCUGCUUGCUGGUGCAAAGGCAUACAAUAAUGUAUUUCUUCGUCAUCAUGUGUUCUGCAUAGUGCAAGUUGCUGCUGGAAGGUCUCCAACAUUAUUUGGUGUUCCAAAGGUUGUCACGCCCGCUCUGGUGGCCCAGGACAUAUGUAGUGAUCAACACACUAAAGCUGAUUCCUCUAUUCCUCAACCAUCAAGGCCUCAAGAACCUUCCACUAGCACUCCUAGUGUGCGUGAGGUCUUACCUACCUCUGGACCCACUAAAGAUGCUGAUAAUAUAUCUAACUGCAGUGAAAGAAGGAACGUCGUCAAAAUUAGGGUGAAGCUUACUGCAUCUUCCAGUAAAGCAUCGGAUGCUGACCAGAGAGUCCAUUCUCAUGGUGGAAGAAAUGAAAAUGAAGCGGGUCCAUGUAGUUCUAUGUCAGUGGAUGCCCCAAUGGUUGGAGCGGCAACUGAACCAUUAAAUGUAAGCAAUCAUAACAUUGAGGAACAGAACUCAUGUCAUGACCGUGAAUCAAGGAUGUCAGCAAGUGUUGGCAAUGCUAAACUAAUGGACAGGCAUGAGAUUUCCAAGGAACUACAGUGCACCGCUGAUUCAAGGCUGGACGUUCUUCCCAAGGAUCAGUUCUCUCCUGCCGUUAAUCCUCUGGGAGUUGUAGACAAGCCUGGUAGUCAGCUUGAAGUAGUCUCCACCAGUUAUGAUGGAAACCAAGCUCCAGAGUCUGUGAGUGGAGUGGAAACAAAAGAGAGGAAGAAAAAAGAUAAGAAAGAUAAAAAGCGGAAACGUGAUGAAAAACGAGAUAAGAAAGAUGAUCCAGAGUAUCUGGAGAAAAAGCGACUUAAGAAAGAGAAGAAAAAAAUGGAGAAAGAGUCAGCCAGAAAGCAGCUGGAAGGUGAAGAAAAGGCUACUCUUGAAGAGCGGAAAAUAGUGAAACCUUCAGGGUUGCAGGAAGUUUUGCCGGCAAGGCCACCAACAGCUCCAGUGCGAAGUGCUGAACCAGCUCCAUCGCAAAGUGCUGAACCAGCGGCAGUGCGAAGCUCUGAACCCCAAAUAUCAAGCAAGGAAACAACCGUAGAUACUGCACGGACAGCAGCCAAACCAAGGAUAAAGAUCAAAGUCAAGCCCUUGCUAAGAAAACCUGAAGGGAGUUGAAACAGAUUGUAGAAUUGUGGCCAGGUGGGCACCAUUUGUAAGGAUUACUGUACAGCGGGGGAAAAUGUGGGUAUGUUGUAGGUUGUACCAUGAGAAGCCAGUUUUUCAUUAAUGGCUGAUGUAUCCUGUAAAAAAAAUUGCUGCUGCCCUAGUAAUUUCUGGGGUAAUUGAAAUCGAGUUCUAGGGUUGUCCAUGAGUA